AUGACGACCGUCUUCUACGCGAUGGGGCCGGCGUUCAAGCGCGGAGCCCUGCUCGCCCCCUUCCAGAACGUCGAAUACUACAAUUUGUUUAGUGAAAUCCUCGGCGUCGAACCGGUGCGCAACAACGGCACGCUGGGCAAGCUGUGGCCGGCCUUGAAAAUGCCGAAAAACGAUCGAGAGGACCCCUUCUACGAUGGGUCCAAGGACAUGGAUGAUUGCAAGCACAACGCCAUGAUGUGGAAGACACCGUACCGGGCGCCUAUGCUGAUGCCGUUCAAGACGAUGGCGGGCACCCAUGCGUAUUGCCUGCGAUCAGAAAAGCAAGGGAUCGUGAUCGCCACGAUGGUGCCUCCCCGGGAAGGCCGUCUCUACAUCGAAUCGCAUAAUGGUCCAUGGCCGGGCUCGCCUGGCCGUUUCGCGCAAUUCGAGAGGUUAGAACAAGGCAACCCCCCGGCCGCUACGCCGCAAUUCUGGUCCAAGAUUUGGGAGCCGCUGCAAAAGCUGGUCUGGGAAUGGCAGGAGAAGCAGCUCGGGAUCGUCGUGUAUUCUGGCUACACUCACUUCCGAUCGCGCUGGUACGCCUACCGUAUCAUCGUGAGGUGCGAAAACAACUUUCUCCAAGAAUAUUACUGCCAAGAACCGGCUGCGACCCGCACUCUCUCCUUCCUCGUGCCAAUGGACUUCGAGGACCCCAACUGUCUGCCAACCGAUCGCCUCCUCCUCUCCUACACGGCCCGCAUCCGUGACAUCGAGCUGUACAGCGGUUUCCACCUCAUGCCCUAUCUACCCUACCACAUCGCCGUCAACCUGAAGACGAACAUCACGAUGGAGCUGUGG